AUGACUCAAAUAGAAGAAGAACAUAAGAUAAUGCAAUUAUAAAUCAAACAUACUACAGAAAUCCACCCAACAUAUAUAUUGAUCUUAAAGGAAAUGUACUCAAUUUCUAAGAGUCGCUGCAAGAAUUUCACAAGGUUUUGA